AUGAGUGACUCUGAAGAACAAAAUAUUACUCAUACUCCACCAAAAAAGUUGCUUCCUAAAAUAUUUUCCGAUUCAAAUAUAGCCAGUAAAAUAUCUUGUGGUCGUACUAAAGCUGAAGCUAUAGUACAAAAUUUACUUGGGCCGAAAGCAGAAGAAAUUAUAGUUAAUGCCUUACAGAAUAUUUCUUACUUUUCAGUUGCUACCGAUACAUCUAAUAAAGGAAAUAGAAAAAUGUAUCCAAUUGUAGUUCAAUAUUUUUGUCUGCAAACUGGAUGUCAAAUAAAAUUAUUAGAUUUUUUUGAACAAGCCUGCGAAACUGCUGAUGGUAUAAGUAAUUCAGUUCUAUCAACUUUGGAAAAAUAUAAUAUUAAUAUGUCAAAAGUAUCAGCAUUUAGUGCCGAUAACACAAAUUCUAAUUUCGGGUGUCGUAGAUCAGCAUUUACACUUUUACAAUCACAUAAUAAGAAUAUUUUUAAGUCGGGUUGCUUUUCACACGUAGUGCUCAAUACUUUUCGAAAAGCUUUAGAUGGUCUCGAUUUUGAUGUAGAAACUUUGGUGCUGAAAAUAUAUGCACAUUUUUCUGUAUCAGCAUCCAGACGCGAAGAUUUAAAAGAAUUUGUUUUGUAUGCUGAGUUAGAAUGUCAAGAAUUAGUUAAACAUUGUCCUACUAGGUGGUUGUCAAUUGGCCCAGCUGUCCAAAAAAUUCUCAAGUUUUAUCCUGCCUUGAUAUCUUAUUUUAUAUCUCUUGGCGAAGACUGUCCAAAUCAAUUAACAAAACUUUUAUUUUUUGAAGAAGACGACAAGUAA